CAGAGAGACGCCAGACUGCAGAGCAGAUUUCGAAAGACGAGACACUGAGAUUUUGUUUGCUGAUUCGGUAUUGAGCGAUGGCGGACGAGAGCUGGCAGUCGGAAGCCCUGGGUGCUUGCUUUAGUGGCCUUAAACAGAAUCACCAACUCUUCAGCGCCUUUCCGUCACAGCUAGCAGCUAUUCUACUUCAGAAUAAGGGAGUACUUACUCCAGCUGAUGUCAAUGAAGUGAAGAAAGUAAAAAUUAACGAGCAGACUGCGAAGUUAUUCGAUAUUCUAAGACAAAAGACGGCUACCAAUGCUAAACUUGUAGCAACUGUCAGGCAAGUUUUCGUCAGCAGAUCGUCACUUAGAAGUGCUCUGGCGUUUCUACCUAAAUUUGAAGCUCCUAAAAUUACUCAGCAACCCGGCCCAUCUGUAAUUUACUGUCCUCUUGGCAAGAAAGUUACGCUGUCAUGCAGAGCAGAUGGCAAACCUGUUCCUCAGUUACAGUGGUAUUGUGGAGAGUAUGCUAUAGAAGGAGCUACUGCUUAUGAAGUUGAUGUGGAUACUCCAGGGAAUUAUUUUUGUGUGGCUACAAAUCGAGUUGAUUCGGCUACCAGCAUUUCAGUUGCCAUUGCAAUAGUGAAAAGUGAAGCUCCCUCAGGCUUGCAAGAAAAAGAAAAGGAGCAUUUCUAUCUACAAAGCAUUCUUAAUGCUCCACCUGAAAUUAUUGCUCGUGGCCCAAUAGCAAGGAAGGCUUUUUAUGAUGCCAUGAAGACAGGUGGCUAUGUCCGAAUUCGUCAAGCACCUCUCAUGGUUGUGGGCCAGGAUCGAUCAGGAAAGAGCACGUUUGUUCAAGCAGUUGUAGGAAAAAACCCAUCUGAGGUCUCAUCUAGUAGUACAGAUGGCAUUGAAUUCACUCUAGUGAAGUGUCAUCUAGAUGACAGUGACUGCAAAUUUGUCAUUCCGGAUCCUGGAAAUGAGAUCGAAAUCAUUGAAAGAGCGCAGGCAAGGUUUAUUGCUGAAAAAGUCCGAGAAACAGAACAAAGGCAAGAGGCGACGAAAAUACAAGUGGCUGCACCACAUCAAGUUGUUCAGCAACCAGAAGGAGAGACAGAUGAGAAUAAUCAACAACAUUUAGGUGGGACGACUUCACUCAAUCACCAGGAAGCACUUGGUACAAAGUUGGCAAAUGGCGCUUCUUCUCUACAGUCAAUUAUAAUACAAGAGCAGUAUCCAACACUGACCCCUCGUAUGGAAAGACUUGUGGGCGAGGAAUUAAAGAAGCUUCAUAGUGGCAAUUUAGAAGAUCUUAAGGAUGCACCAGACCGUUACUUAUUGCUCAGAAUUUCUGAUUUUGCUGGUCAACCACUGCACUAUAACAGCCAUGUCUAUUUUUUGUCUGAUACUGGAGUGUAUGCUAUUAUUUUUGACUUGACUAAGCAUCUCGAAGAUAUAGCAAAGGUGCUGUUAUGUGUGGAUGGUGUUGAGGCUUUGAUAGAUACAAGCAGGAUUAGUUCAUAUACUAAUCUUGACUAUUUCAAAACAUGGAUGAUCUCUAUUACUAGCACAAAGGGCCAUGUACCUGCAACAGAGAGUGGCAAUUUGGUCACUCGUCGCUUUCCAUCUGUUAUGUUUAUUGGGAGCAAACUGGAUGAACUUUUUCUGAGCUGUCCUUCAAAUGAUUUUUUGAUGACUGAAAUUAUGAAAAAGAAAGAGCAGAUUCUGUAUGAACUUGUUGGAGAUCCAAAAUAUCAAACUAAUGCUGUGAAAGAGGAAGAACAAUCCCAAGUUUCAACAGAAAAACAAUGCCAAACAGAUGGAACAAAAGUAGACUCGCAGACUUUGCAUAUUUCAGAUGGUAUGCAACAAGCUUAUGGGAGGAAUAAAGCUCACUUACGUGACCCCAUGUUCUUUUUUGUUGACAACUUCAAGACAAUUCCUGGAUCAGAGCGAGAAUUUAUUGCAAUCAGAAAGCGUAUUGUGCAGUUAGCAAUGGAGCAACCAAACACAACACAACUGAUUGCAUUUUCUUGGAUCUUACUUGAACUGGAAUUGUACAAAAGGAGGAAGGUAUCAAAGUAUCUUAGUUUGAAGGAAGUUGUUGACCUUGCACAACAACAUCAAGUUCGAACAGAGCAUGUUGACAUUGCUCUAAAGCAUUUUGAUGAUAUGGGAGUGGUCGUGUAUCGUCCAGAGAGUCGCUUGCUUGAAACUAUAGUUGUUAUUGAUCCUGAUUGGCUUGUGAGAGCUUUUCGUAGCAUUAUUCGCAUCAAAUUGCCAGUAUGGUUAUCUGAUCCCAAUAAUGAUGCGUGGGAAAAAGUAAGCAAAACUGGUAUCUUGCAGUACUCUUUUAUAGAAAAUAUUCUCACCACUCCUCAGUCGAAUAGCAAAGAAAAACUAUUAGCAGAAUCGAAACCAGAGCUAACUUUUCUUGUUGACCUCUUUCAAAUGUUUAGUUUGCUAGUGGCAUAUAUCCAAGCGUUUAGUCAGCUAACCCAAUAUCGCUCUAGUAUCUCAACUGCUACUUCCAGAAUGACAGUAUCACAGUUUGUUGCUCCAUCACUGGUUGCAGAAGAUCCAGACUGGGAAUUGUUUGUGGCAAGAAAAGAUAUUGAUCCUCGUCAUGCAGAAGUCAAACCAAUUUACAUCAGCUCAUUGACGUGCUGGAUUCCUGAUGCUUUGUACAACCAACUGGUAGUUAGGUGUAUUGGUAAAUAUCCGCUCUGUCCUGAGAUUUAUCGAUACUUUGCACGAGUUCACAUUGAUUACGAUUAUGACCUAUUGCUGAUCAACUGCAAACCUUGUGAGAAGCAUGAACCGUUAGCCAUCGACUUGAAAGAAGCCAAUGGAAAAGUUAUGAUUACUGUUGUGAGGGUCAGUUCCUUUAGAUGUCAAAGUAGAGUCUCAAAUGUUUGCCAGGAAGCUCUUCAAUUUAUUCUUUAUGCUGUUGAUGAUAUAAAGGGUACUGGCAUGCAUGGUUUGCAGCUUACUCUAGAGACUGCUGUGUGGAUGCAGUCUAGCUAUCGAUGGAUAUUUCAUCGACUUUCCAGGUGUUUUUCAGCCGAUGGGAGAAACAAAUCCACCCAGCAUGGACAAUGUGCUCUUCAAAUUUGCAAGCGCCAUUCUAUCGAGGCUUGUGCAAGUAUAAAGUGUUUUGAGGAGGUCUUUCUGUCCAUCUUUACAAAACAGGAUGGAGAAGAACAUGCUAAACAUUUGAACAAAGAUAGUUGUCCAGCUCUUGUAAUGUGGGUCUCAAGUCAUGAAUAUCCAUCGAAUGAAAAGAACAGGCCACUGCUUGGAGGCUGCUACACUGAGCAAGGAGGCUUUCUAACACAACCAUGUCUCGGGAUACCGUCUGAUCCAGUUCGUGGUGAUAAUGUGGAAAUAAAAUGUGUAGCACAAUCUACAACAGGCCAUCCGGUCUAUGAUGGGGAUGUGCAAGGGCUAAACUAUGAAUGGCGAUUUAAAGGCAAAGUUAUCCGACUGAGCAAUCAACAACGUACAUAUGGCAUACGAGCUGUUAAUGACGAGGAUUGUGGGAUAUACACAUGUCGCGUUUUUACCAUUGGAGGUGAUUUUUCUGUUAGCCGUCCUGCCAUGCUAAAGCUGCCGGCUAAGAAACAGUUGAAGGUAAUUUCUAAAGUGGUUUGUAACAAGGACGACCAUGAACAGAAAUCGUGGAUUGAAGCAACUACUACAUGUAUUCAGUUGGGAGAACGGCUGUACUUUAUGUGUACCACUAAAACGGGUGUUGAUGUUCAGUACCAAUGGUACUUUCAAGGAAAGCCCAUUCCAGCAGCUACAAAAUCCUGUUAUGAAAUUCAGCAAGUUCGAGACUAUCAUGAUGGUGAGUAUGUCUGCAAAGUUAGGAAAGAUGAUGAUUACUUUGAAGAAACUUCAAAACCUGUUGUUCUUCAUUUAUCUGAUGAACCAAAAUAUCAAGAAGCAGCAAGGGGAAUAUCCAGAGCUAGAAGUUUUCCACUUUCUGGCAAGGUUGCACUUUUGAUUGGAAAUGCAACGUAUGAUAAUUCAUCAGUACACAAGUCACUGAAGUUGCCAACUGCAGAUGUCCACACUAUGUCUUCUAUUUUGAAGAACGAAUACAAAUUUCAAACAAUUACUCUUGUAGAUCUAAAUUUGUUUGAAAUGAUGGCAGCACUGGAACUGUUUUAUGGCUUGGUGAAAAAAGGGGUAUAUGCUGUUUUCUAUUAUGCUGGACAUGGUUUUCAAGCAAAUAAUGAACAGUAUCUCUUGCCUGUUGAUGCUGAUGAUGAAAAUGAUAUCCGGAAAUCUAUUCGUGCUGAAGGAAUAGCUUAUGAACUGCAAUGCUGUAAAGCUGAUUUGUCACUGCUUAUUCUUGACUGUUGUCGAGUACGACUCGUGAGUCAACAACGAAAGAAUGUACUUUCGUUGCAACAGUCUGAAACUGUACUGACUUUUUCAAGUUGCCUUCCUAGUAGGAAGACUUACGAGAUUGCUGAUGGGUGUCACAAGAACAGCAUAUUUACAUCACUCUUGGCUGCAAAACUCACAGAGGCAGCAAAAACAAGUCUUCCUAGUGAGGUUGGCGAAGAAGUUGUUAAAGUCAUGAAUGAUACGAAAGAAGAAGUUGAGAAGAAAUGUAAAGAAAUGGGGAUGUACGGAAGAGUACGUGACACAAAACCUACUCUUGUUUAUCAGAAUCCAAAGGGGCAGUCUCUUUCUGACAUUGUACAAGUUGAACAUGAUGUUGGGAUUAAGAACUUUAAGAAAAUUCGCACCUGCUUAGAGGUGCCAGCGCCAAUACCAUUGCAGGUGCCACAUGCACCAGAGAUUCAAGUGGUUGUUGAGUAUCGUAGGGUGUUCUGUAAUGUCUUGAUGGUCUACUGUAAGUAUCAGUUAUCUGACCCUAACGGUACCAUUUCUGAUUUGACUGUCAAACUAUCAAUUCAGAAUGUUGACAAAGCCGAGAAGGCUGGUGUUAGUUUUGAAUAUCUAACGGGUUGGUCUGAAAGUGAGUUGGAAGAUACUGAAACAAAUGCUUUUGGAGUUCAGGCUUGGUCAUUCAGUGAUCGUAUCAAGAUUUUUGGUAUACAGCGACUACAAGAGGUUGCUCGGUCGGAGUUGACAUUUGCCAUUGAAGUCAGUUAUGUGAAAUUUAAUGGUAUUCUUCAAAAUCGAUUGGAACGCCUUAAGUGCAAACUCGAGAGCUUGCCUCUUAUUGCUAAGGAGGGGUGGUAUGGUUGAAUUCAGUAUGAAUGUCUUUCUUGUUUUUAGUAUAUUCCUUUCUAUGUGCCAUGUAUUUUAGUUAGUAGAGUAGUAAUAGUUUGGACCAAUAUUUUAGUGCUUAAGCGUAAGUGCUGUAGCUUGUUCUGUUUUGCACAGAGAUAUAUCGCGACCUUUAAUUGAGAUGACAAAGAGCUCGAGGCUCGCUUCGCUCGCCAACAACAAAUCUGCAGAACACAAGGUCAAGUUGUACACGC